AUGUCAAAUCCGCUUAUUUCAUCACUAACUCUUGUUAUAUCUCAAAUAUAUGUUUACAUGGGUACAAUAAUAACCAUUGCUGGCAUCGUUGGCGGAGUCAUCAAUGUGAUUAUCUUUCUUAGCCUUCGAAUUUAUCGUGAAAGUUCAAGUGCAUUUUAUUUAACUGUUGUUUCGGUUGUUAAUGUUGGACAAUUAUUAACAGGUCUUCUUUCUCGUGUGCUAAUCAAUGCAGUUGGAGUUGAUUGGACGGAAACAUCGUUGUUCUAUUGUAAAUUUCGGAACUAUCUAUUUCAAGCAUGCGCAAUUAUUUCUCCAAUGUGUUUAUGUUUGGCUACAAUCGACCAGUUUUUGUCAACAUCGACAUGUCCACAGUGCCAGCGAUGGAGUCGCCCAAAAAUAGCUUGUGGAUUAUCAGCACUGAUGAUUCUAAUCUGGUGCAUCUACGGUAUUCCCUAUCUGCUGUAUUACAACCUAGUUUUAAAAUCAACGGGAAAUAAAUUCAGCUGUGUAAUUACGGACACCAUUUUUAACAACUAUUAUAAUGAUUUCCAUGUGCCGGUUUUGAUGUGCGUCAUCCCAUUGAUUAUUACGCUCGUAUUUGGCUGUCUAGCGUAUCGUAAUGUUAAACAGCAUACUCAUCAAGCAGUGCCUCUAGUUCGUCGACGACAUGAAAAGCAAUUAACGGUCAUGGUGCUUGUACAAACAGUUUUUAAUUUCUUUGCUACGACGCCGUGUUUUGUUGUACUGACCUUUGCAUCACACACAACUCUAACACAAGAUCCGCUUAUAGCUGUUGAAGUUCGUUUAGCUAUUGCGGUCUCAACUUGUUUUUAUUAUUUGUAUUAUGCGAUUCCAUUCUACAUUUACAUUUGCGUGUCUGACCGAUUCCGUAAACAAGUUCAUUAUGUUUUCUUUGGCAUUUAUCGAAAUCUAUGGCGAAAACUAACUCAAAAUGAAGUAGCACCAAUGAAUGAUGUACAAAAUAUAACGGUUGAACCAAUUGGUCGCAACACAUUACAAUAUAACAUAUUCUUCGUUGGUGAAAUACUUGAUCUAGAUGACAACAUUCCAGUCGAAAAUUGCACAUCCGUAGGCGUUCCUAGUUAUACCGGUCCAAAUGAUACAAUUGAUUAUGAUGCUGGCUUGAAUAUUGCUAUGCAGUUGGUGCCGAGUGCUUUUGACCAUCAAUAA